AGGGAGGCUGGAAGCCUGCAAUGUUUCUGAGGAAGCUGCUGCACAAGCUGAGACCGGCUACACACAGCACCAUGAGCAGAGGAGGAGCAAUUACAUACGAUGACUUGAAGAAGCUGAUCUCCACCAGAGACUUCCAGAUAUUUGAUGUGAGAACACCAGAGGAGGUUAAAGAUGGAAAGAUCCCAAACUCUACCAAUAUACCAGUCACGGAGAUAGAAGACGCUCUGAAGAUGGACCCAGACACUUUUAAAGCAACGUAUAACGUGGAGAAGCCCAAGCUGGACGAUGACAACAACCUCGUGUUUCACUGCCACAUGGGCAGGAGAGGCCAGCGCGCCACCGACAUCGCUGCCGGACUGGGAUACAAGAAUGCGCGGAACUACUCCGGUGGCUACAAGGAGUGGGCGGAGAAGGAAGGGAAAUGAGGAACUGUACAAUGACCGCGCCUGCAUCCAGCUAAGCAGACGCGCUUCUUGCAACGCUGGAAUUCACCUGCCAUUAUGCAGAAGCCGGAGAUGUUAAUGUGACCAUUUUCUCUACAAAUAUUCCACUCCUGUCUGGUCCACUGCCGGAUAGCACGCCAUGUGUGGUGGGCGUUCCUUCUCUAGACAGGCAGAUGCUGACUGACACCCUGCCAGACUUUGCUGAAACACACAGAUCAUCGGGAGGAAUGCGUGUUCCACCCAACGUGUUUCUAGGGGAAGAGACUUUUCUCUUACGUCCUAGAGGAUGCUGGGGACUCCGUAAGGACCAUGGGGUAUAGACGGGCUCCGCAGGAGAUA